AUGAAAGGAGGAGUACUGGUACCAACCUUUGCUCUAUUUGGAGCAUUGGUAUUGGCAUCCUUGCCAUGUGCCCAAGCCAAAGGAGGAGAGAUUGGGCAGGUUCCUGUCCACCUGGACUUGGGAGGGGACUUUUCUGGAGGUGGUGCCCGACAAAACAUCUGCGAUCGGUAUGAGGAUUUUGCCACCGGCAAGACCCAGCUUCGAGAUGCACUUUCUGGAAUGAAGCUAACUACAGUUUUUAUGAAUGAUGAGUUCCUCAAUUACACAGCCAAAGAGGGAAUGAGCCCUGAGGAUCCAGGAAUGUUAGCAGAGAUCAUGGAUGUCUUGGCGGAAAGGGCAAAUUUUACAUGGCGAGACUCCUUUGGUGUGAUGGAGGAAGGUAGCUUCUACAACAAGUCAUGGACUGAGAGGUUGCUUUGGUCCGUAGAGAACUUUGAUAUUGCUGCCAGCUGGUACGACCAUUCCCUGGAAAGAUUGGAGUUGGGUGCCAGCUUUUCAGAGGCAUGGUAUGAUGGAAGCCAGAUUCUGACUGGCCAGAAAGACCCUCCUGUGGGGAGCAAUGUCAAUCUGCUGAAUUGGGCAAAGCCCUUUGAACUGGCUGUAUGGGCUGUUAUUGGCAUGACAAUCAUACUAUCUGCCGUAGUUUACCAGCUGAAUGAGCAGCUCAGUGAUGAAAGAGAAGACAGAUCCUUGUUCCAGUGGUUCUCAGACAAUCUCUACCUAAGCUCACUUAGCUUCACCCAGAACUUUGAGUAUUCCCCAAACACUGUUGCGGGGCGUAUAUUUGGAGUGAGCACAGGAGUUUGGGCUCUUGUCAUUACAGCCACCUACACUGCCAAUCUUGCUUCUCUCUUUGUGGAAAGACAUAAACCAUCUGUGGUAAUUGACUCUGUGGAACAAGCUGUCUUACUUGGUGUCCCCAUUUGCACAUGGGAAGGCACUAACCAACAUGAGUUUGUCAGCAACAAGUACCAAAAAGCUAUCUUGGUACCCAAGCCAAGUCAGCGGGAAAUCUACUAUGCUCUGCGGCGUGGAGAGUGUGGUCUGGCAGUGGGGUACAGAGACAGUUGGUUGACUUACGAAAAACAGUCCUUGUACAACCCUGAUUGUGAUCUGGAGUGGGUGGGAAGAAGCAUCAAAACUAUAAAGUCGGGUUUUGCAGUCAAGGCUGAUGCUGGCGAUCUCUGCAGUAGCUUCGUCAGAGAUGUAUAUAAUGUGCAUUUUGUUGAAUUCCGAGAUGAAGGUGGCCUGGAACAGCUCUGGGCAAAGCAUAGAUCCAAAGGCCAGGAUCUCAACUGUGCCUCCACAGAAGACAGGGGCAGGCUCCGUCGCCUUGGGGCAAAAGUAUCUUCCGAGGCCUCCACACCUGGGAACCACCGAAGGCUCAGUGCACGACCUGCAGCUGGUACCAGCAGUAGUGAUGGCUCAAGCUCUGAUGCGCUGUCAAUGCAUCAGAUGAUUGGUACAUUUGCACUCCACUGGAUUACCAUGACAUUUGCUCUCCUAUUCAGUGUGGUUGCAAAGUACUACAGCAAGUGGGAAAAGAAAGACUUGGCUAAGCGGGGAUUGGAACGAGAACAACAGUCAUUCAGAAAGCAUGGUCCAAUCAUAGGUAUGCCACCUCGUGCCAACACCUUUGUAAUUCGGCUGGAUUCACAAGAUAACGACAACUCCAUGCCUUUAGAGCCUGAUCGGGACGUCCCCCUGAGAGAUGGCUCUCGCAGUGUUACCCCUUGUUAUCAGUCAGCUUUGUCUCAGCAGGCAGACCUGGCAGAGGAACGGCAACUAUUUCAAAACAAGCUGGAGGAUGUUGAAACUAGGAUGGAUGACAAAAUGAAUAUGCUCAUGGCCAUGCUGAGGCAGCAAAACGAUCUCAUCUAUGAUAUGAAAGCCAGCUGCACUCUCCGUGUAUGUAACGCUGAUGUACCUCCCAGUACAUUUCAACCCUACUUGCUGGCUCCACAGGUUCCAGGUACGGCAUGUGAUUGGAACCAGUCAUGUACGAACAAAGACCGGUGGCACAGCCCAGGCGUGCAAGACUGGCACUGUGAACGAGCGCAGACCCAAGUUUUUUACGACGAAGAACGCUAG